AUGUUUUCGAGUCUAUUUUGGGUCGUAUUGACAACGUUGGUCAUGUUCAGUCUGGCGGCGAAAAUAGUCGAGAACAAGAAAAAAGAUUUUAAUUACGUUAUAAAUUUCGAUAAUGAUACAACGGACAAUGACAAUUCAUUGAGAGCGAUGCCAUUUCGUCCCGAAAGUAAGGCAAACGCGACGAGAUUUGACCAAACGAUUAAAGUAAAAAUUCAUCAAAAACGUCACCAAGAAGACGUCAACAUUACGACCUACAUCGACGAGGUCGUUUCAAAGCUGUUUAAACGAAUAACUGAUUUCAUCGGUUCAUUUUUGAGUACUAAUUGCGAAACGAUGAGCGAGUUUCGUGCCGACGACGAAGUUUGCUUGUGCAAAAAUACAUCGGUUUUAUAUUACCUCACACGAAACGUUUGUUUUUUAAUAAAAGUAAACGUUACCAGCAUUGAAGGGAAAAACCAUAGAACAUAG